AUGCAGGCUUCGCCUGUCUCGGUGAGCGCCUGGGCAAGGACCGCGUCCACAGGACCACUUGGUGGCUACAUCGUCUACAAGUCGGACUGGUUCUACUUCGUCUAUCUCGACGGGGCGUUUACAUGCGUGAUCAUAUCCAGCACCAAGGUCUUUUCCACAACAAGCGUCAUCAUGGCCUUAUCGCACGACACCACCUACCACGUGGCAUGCGCGCACGACGGCACCAAGCUGUGCGUCCAUAUCAACGGAAACGUGACGGUACAACAACACCACCCUGCGAUGCCCAAGCGGCGCAAGCUAAUCGCACUUCUCAAAUGGAAGGAGUGCACUGCGGGCAAGGGGCCGUUUUCGGAGGGAGGUCUUCUGUUCUUUGGCGGCGUGGGUGCUUCCUCGAGGUGGAAUGGCACGGUCGACGAGAUCAAGCUCUAUGACCACGGGCUCACACCGCAGGAGGUUAGCCAACUCGUAAACUUUGUUGAACCCAAUGACGUGCCCUCCGUGCACAUCGAGAGCAACGGCACAGCUUUGAGCUCGCUCAACGUGGACUCCCUGACCAACGUCACCCUGACGACGGUGGUGCAAGACGCCCGCAAGGCCUACUCUGGCUCCGCACAAACCGUUGGGUAUGAAGGCGAGAUGCUCUACCAGUGGACCGUUUUGAGCAGCAACUGCGGUGGCAUGCAGUUCAGUGCGCCAGCCAACCAGACUACCAACGUCGCCUUCUCCGCACUCGGCGCAUCCACAAUGAAGGUCUGCGUUUCAGAUGGCGAGAUUGCCGGCGAGUUCAACCUGUAUACUGCGGCCGGAGCCAGCGUUCCCCAGCUUGUCUCCCAGCCACUGACCAGUGAGAUCAAUAUCCCUGAGGGUGUCAUUGAUUAUCCAAUCACGGUGGAGGGCAUGAGCCUGCCGCCACCGUCGUACCAGUGGGAAAGACUGGCGCCCGUAGUGCAUAACGACACCAACAUCGGCAACAUUUCUGCCCGCUUUUACAUGGGUGGCGAGGAGGCCGGCCUGCCGGUUAUGGCCGCUCUCAAAGAGAGAUUGAGAGAAAAGAGACAGGAAGAGCCCAUUUUGGCCUUCCAAUCCAUCCCUGGAGCCACGGAGAACACUCUGCAUCUCAACGGCACAAAGGACUGGCAUGGUGAGCUGACCGAAGGCUACCACCACCUCCACAGGGACGGGUCAUCGGACGCUACACUUAUUGGCGGAGUCGUGGGAGGCGUGGGCGGAGCGCUCUUCUUGCUCUGUCUUCUCCUUCUGCUUCUCGCGAUCGUGGCUGUUUCGAGGCGCCGUCGCUCCGCGUACCGCAAGCUCACGCAGCCGGACUACGAGGCAAUCGCCUUCGGAGACGUUAAAGAGGACGUCGCGCUGCCGAAGAAGCAGGCGGAGGAGUACCGGCAACUGGAACACCUGCUUACUGCGCCAGACCAUCGGCUGGCCCUGGCCAUUUGUGAUGUGGCAGAUAUGAGCGAUAAAGACACCGUGUACAAAGCGGUGCUGCGGGUGCUGGCAGAUCAGUUCCAGGCCUACAAUCUCGUUGCGCACUCCAUCACGCGCGAGGUGAGCAUCGCCGACGAAGAGGGCACGCUGUUCCGGUCCAACAGCGCGGCGGCCAAGCUCUUCACCCUAUACAUGCGCAUGAUCGCGCUCAAGUACACGUGGCACGUCUUGGUGCUGUCAUUGCAUUCCCUGAAUGACAACGCUCGCGAUGCCGACGCGGGUCGUUCCCGGGAUGCCGGAAGCUCCCACGGAGCCAGCAGCAGCCGGUCGAAGGUCUUCGGAAACAAGUACCGAGUGGAACGGGACGACUCUGACUCUGAUGAAGGCUCAGUAUCGCUGGACAUUCCGGGCGCCUCAUCGAUGGAACUCGAUCCUCAGAAACUGGACGAGGCGUCGGACCUGGACAUCAACACUCUCGAGCUCUGGCUCACCGCUCAGAAGAUGUUCAAACUCAUCGUGCAGAGCGAAAAGAGCCUGCCGCGAGAACUGCGCAUGCUCAUCCGCCGCAUCCGCGAUGACGUGGCGGAGAAGUUCAGCGAUGAGGCCGUGUUCCGGGCCAUGGGCGGAUUCUUCUUCCUGCGCCUCAUCUGCCCGGCCCUCCUUGCGCCUCAAGUUCACGGCCUCCUCGACGAGCCGCCUCAUCCCAUGGCGCAGCGGCAGCUGAUUCUGGUGACCAAGGUGCUCCAAAACCUGGCCAACGACACCCUGCCCGGAGCUAAAGAGGCGUACAUGGAGCGGCUCAACGCGUUCAUUGUGUCCAACAAGCCCGCCCUCAGUCGCUUCUACGACCAGAUCGUGGACCACCCGGAGCGCGGCAAGCUCACCGACAUCACCGUGCCAGCACGCGCUCGCAACGAUGCACUCAUCAAGCUGCGCACAUUUUUGGAGGCCAACCUGGCUGGCGUGGAGGCCCACCUCCGCGCCCAUGGCGAUGACAGCGACGAGAGCGAAGAAGUUGUGCUGGAGCUGCGACGUAUUCUGCACAAGGAGUCGUCCGCCAUCGACCAAGUGUGA